AUGGGAAAGCUUUUAAGCCUGGGAACUCACCUGAGGUACCCAAUAACAAUAACGAAACUGCUGAAGAAGAAUGGCGAGGCGGUUCGGAAGGAAACGAGCAUUCUGCAGUACAGCUACACAUGGCAGAAGGAGGUGGGCGAUCCAUUCGGCGAGACAUGGAAGGAGGAUGUCACAACAAUCACGGACUGGGAUAGUCCUGUGGACGGAAAAAUCUCCCGAUGGAAGAUCAAGGAGGGCAUGACCAUUCAUUCGAGUAUCCCGUUCGUUGACGUCGAGGAGGACUGUCCACAUUCUGUACAGUUCCAUGGCCUUUGUGGCAUGUGCGGUAAAGAUAUGACGGAAACGUCCUGGUCCAGCUCAACCAAAGACACCGAUCGCGCGAAAAUCAAUAUGAUCCACGAUCAAACUGCGCUGAAAGUCAGCCAGGACGAAGCUUCGAAAGCCGAGGAGGAACUACAACGACGACUAUUAAAGCACCGCAAACUAUCCUUAGUGGUAGAUUUAGAUCAGACCAUCAUACAUGCCUGCAUUGAGCCGACGGUAGGGGAAUGGCAGGCCGACAAAAACUCGCCGAAUUAUGAGGCAGUCAAAGAUGUAAGGUCCUUUCAGUUACAAGACGAUGGGUCCCGGGGUGUAGCAUCUGGCUGCAACUAUUAUAUUAAAAUGCGCCCGGGAUUGAGGGGAUUUUUGGAUAAAAUCGCCGAGAUGUACGAACUGCACGUCUAUACAAUGGGGACUCGGGCGUACGCGUUAAACAUCGCCAAGAUUGUCGACCCAGAGAAACGACUAUUUGGCGAUCGGAUCAUUAGUCGAGAUGAGAACGGCAACAUUACACAAAAAAGUCUCCAAAGACUAUUUCCUGUUGACCAGAGAAUGGUGGUGAUAAUUGAUGAUCGAUCGGAUGUCUGGCCAAAGAACCGAUCAAACUUGAUCAAAGUGCACCCCUACGAUUUCUUUCUUGGGAUUGGAGAUAUCAACUCUAGUUUUCUGCCGAAAAGGGAGGAGCUGCCUAAACUUACUGAAACGCCAAAAAAGAAGCUUGCGAAAGCCAUAGAUCUAGAGCUGUCAACAGAGACAACGACGGAUGAAACAUUGGCAGGAUCCCCAGAGGCGGUCAAGAAAGACUCGGAAGGCAAUAGCGAAGUAGCUACCCCUGUAUUGGGUGCUCGUGUAGGCGCAUUGGAGCAGCUCGUACGCAUGAGCGGCGACCAAGCGUUACUGGAAGAGCAAACCGCCGAGCAGAAGAUAUUCUUGGAAAAACAGCUGACAGAUCGCCCACUACUACACAUGCAGGAGCAACUGGAGAAAGAAGAGGCAGCUGAGGAACAAGGUGCAAAAGAGGAGGUUGAUGGUGUACCUACAGAACAUCCCCAUCCGAAGCACAACCUGCUGAAGGACGACGAUGUUGAGCUUACGUACUUGGAAAAGCAUCUUGCACUAGUACACAAGAGCUUUUAUGACGAGUACGAUAGCGCGUUAAUCAAUGCUCAAGGUGGUCGAGUCGCGCAACUCAAACCUGGACAUGCGAAAAAAGUUACAAUGAAGGACCAUGCUGCAGAUCUAGCAAUUGUUCCUGAUGUUGCAAAAGUGAUGCCACGAAUAAAGUCCCGUACUUUGGAGGGCUGCGUGAUUGUCAUGUCUGGUCUGGUGCCAUUGGGAGUUGAUUUGAUGAGGUCUGAAAUCGCAUUGCAAGCCAUAAGCUUCGGGGCUAUACUCCACACGAAGGUUUCCAGUAAAGUUACACAUUUGGUCGCCUCAACAAGCCGUACUCGUACGACAAAAGUAAAGCAAGCUGCGAGGCGCGAAAAGAUCAAGAUCGUCAAUCAGCAAUGGCUCUUGAAUUCCAUGAGCAAAUGGCAAAAAGAGGACGAGGAGCCCUACCUUGUACAUGUUUCUGAUGCCGAUCGUAAUCGGGGACCAAAUGAACCUGGAUCAAGUCCACCAUCGGAGCCUCAUGACACUGAUGACAGUGAAAUGGAUGAAGAGAGUGGAAGUGACGAAGAGACUGCCAGUAUACCUGCUAGCCAAGAGGAGAUGACAGAUCUAGAGAACGUCAUGCCCGAAGAAUACGAGGAAGGAAAAUCUCCUGUAGACAACCUACAAACUUUCGAUUGGGGAGGAGUUGAUGAUGAGCUCGCUGAAUUUAUGGACGGCGAGUCGGAUUCUGACAACGUCAGUGAAACGGGUAGCGAGACUAGCAAUAGCAGUCAACGAAGUGCCAAAACAGGAGAUAAACGCAAAUAUUCCUCAAAUCAAGACGGUGAGGAAGAAGAUAGCGAUGAGGAAAGCACGUUGGCUAAGAAGCAACGUAUAGCUAACAAUCGUACCACUGGGCUCAAGACGGUCAAGACACCAAACAGCGAAGCAAGUAGUCUCCCUACACCAGGCGACACGGUCGACGGAGAGCUUAACAAGAGCUCAAAUCAGGAAAACGGAGAUGACGGCGAUGAUGAAGAUUUCGACGAUGAUCUUGAAAGGGAAUUAAUGGAAGAGUUAGAACGAGGGGAAGCUGAAGAAGAGGCAGAGGAAAGGGCUAAUGGAGAAGCCGGUGGUGGUGGCUGA